AUGUUUAAAUGUUGCAAACUGAUUCCUGUUUUACUCGGUGGUAUUAUUAUUCAAGGUAAAACAUUUAAUCGAUACGAUGUACUAGCUGCCAUAUGUAUGAGUCUUGGUUUGAUAUUUUUUACAUUGGCUGAUUCAAAAGUUCAACCAAACUUUAAUUAUUAUGGUGUAUUACUAAUUUCUGGUGCUUUGUGUGCUGAUGCGGCUAUAGGAAAUUAUCAAGAAAAAAUUAUGAAACAAUUUCAUAUUUCAAAUAUUGAAGUUGUUUUUUUUUCAUUUAUAUUUGGAUUUGCUUUUAUCCUGAUGGGCUUAAUUUUAACAAAUAAUUUAUAUUCAUCUGUGAUAUUCUGGAAUCAACAUCCACUUCAAACAUAUGGAUACAGUUUGAUAUUUUCUAUAUUUGGUUAUCUUGGAAUAGACGUUGUAUUAACACUAGUAAGAGAAUAUGGUGCAUUAAUUGCCGUUACAGUAACAACUUGUCGGAAAGCAAUUACAAUUAUUCUAUCAUUUAUAAUAUUUUCGAAACCUUUCGUCCUCGAUUAUAUUUGGUCAGGACUCAUUGUUGUCGUUGGUAUUUACUUAAAUAUUUAUAGUCGUAAUCAGGCAGUUUUUAAUGCAAAAUUAAUUAAUUUCUAUAAUCGUUUAUUGAAUCUGCUUAGCGAUCGAAGACGUCAUCGUUAUCAUUUAACAUCUUCAGCUACAUCAGUUUAA